AUGUUUGCAUUAAAGCAAUACGCCACUCAAGCCGGGCUUUACAGUGAUUUUACCAGGAACGUUCCUCAGCUGCCGUGUGGAAAAGCGCUUUACAGCUACGAGGGCAAAGAAGCGGGCGACCUGAAGUUCAGCAAAGGUGAUAUCAUCAUCCUGCGGCGGAAGGUGGACGAGAACUGGUUCCACGGCGAGCUGAACGGCAGCCACGGAUUCCUUCCGGCGAGCUACAUCCAGUGCAUCCGGCCGCUGUCCCAGACGCCGCCGCAGGGGAAAGCACUCUACGACUUCGAGGUCAAAGACAAAGACCAGGACAAAGACUGCCUGACCUUCACUAAGGACGAGAUUCUCACCGUCAUACGAAGAGUGGACGAUAACUGGGCAGAAGGCAUGCUGGGAGAUAAGAUCGGGAUUUUUCCUAUCUUAUACGUGGAGCUGAAUGAAACGGCGAAGCAGCUGAUGGAGAUGGACAAACCGUCCGCGGCCCCGGGUCCGAGCGCAGAGUCUCCCGCCGCCGUCAGCUGUAACGGGAACGCCGUGCACAGACACGCCGAGGGGAAGAAGAAUGCCAAGAAGCGGCACUCAUUCACGGCGCUCAGCGUGACGCAGCGCUCGGCGCAGGUGCUGGGAAACAACCGGCACUCGAUGGAGAUCAGCGCACCUGUGCUCAUCAGCUCCUCGGACCCCCGCGCCGCCGCUCGCAUCGCAGACUGCCCACACCUGUCCUCCAGCGCACCGGCCACACAGGACUCUUCAGUCGCAGCAAAUGCAGCAGCUUUAGUUCCACCGCGUGUCACGUCAACAACCGGAGAGCUGCUCGCCGCGGCUAAAGUCCAGCUGCCUCUCAACAUAUAUCUGGCCAUGUACGCUUACAAACCGCAGAAGGCGGAUGAGCUGGAGCUGCGGAAGGGCGAGAUGUACCGCGUGAUGGAGAAGUGUCAGGACGGCUGGUUCAAAGGCACGUCGCUGCGCUCCGGAGCGUCUGGAGUUUUCCCAGGAAACUAUGUCACACCCGUCUCCAGGGCUCCGUUCGCCGUCGGUCAGACGCGCUCGUGUCUCUCUGGAGCGGCUCCUGGAUCUCCGGGCUCCGCGGGUCCCUCCAGUCCGGUCCUGCUGGCGUCUGCGUCUGCGUCCCGCUCCAGCACGCCGCUGAGCAGCCCGUCGUCUCCGCAGCUGCAUCUGAAGAACUGCCUGCGCUUGUGCAGCCAGCAGACGGUCAACCAGGCGCGCUCCGCCAUGCAGCUGGGUCAGAUGGCGGUGCAUUACUCGCUGAAGGAGCUUGUUAAAGUGUUUUCCAGCUCAGAUAAGAUGUCAGUUGUAAUGAAGGCCGUGUUAGCAGUAAUUGCCGGGUUGCAUUCUCGCAUCCACAGUCCUCCGGUGAGCAGCAGCCCUGAGCGUCCGACUGCAUCCGUGACACCGCUGCGACCGCAGGCCAGUCCGUCUCGCUCCCCCGCGAGGCCCCUGUCCAUGACAGCGGCCCCUCAGCCUCACGCUGCCUCUGUACGGCCCCUGAGGCCCCUGAGCUCCAUCACGCCUCCCAACGCCAGCGCGGCGCACCUGAACGCAGCAGACCUGCACAAACUCCAGGACAAGAAGCUGGAGAAGAAAGAGAAGAAGAGCAGCGGUCUCCUCAAGCUUCUCUCCGGAGCCGCAGCUAAGAAGAAGUCCCGGUCUCCACCGUCUGUCUCUCCGACCCACGAGUCCUCCUCGUCCUCCUCGUCCUGCUCGGUUCAGGGGGCCAUGGCCCCGGAGCUGCGGUCGGCCGGGGGUCACGGACGAGCCGGCUCCUGCCCCAUCGAGAGCGAGAUGCAGGGAGCCAUGAGCAUGGACGGCCUCCUCAAGCUUCUCAAGCUUCUCUCAGCUAAGAAGAAGUCCCGGUCUCCACCGUCUGUCUCUCCGACCCACGAGUCCUCCUCGUCCUCCUCGUCCUGCUCGGUUCAGGGGGCCAUGGCCCCGGAGCUGCGGUCGGCCGGGGGUCACGGACGAGCCGGCUCCUGCCCCAUCGAGAGCGAGAUGCAGGGAGCCAUGAGCAUGGAGCCGCUGCAGAGGAAGAGCGGCUCGCUGGACCUGAGCUUCUCUGUGUCUCCGCCGGCGCGACAGCCCUGCUCCUCCUCACCGCUGGCCAUCCGGCCCGAACCCAAGCCUUUAUCCCGAGAGAGGUACCGCGUGCUCGUCCCGUAUCCGCCGCAGAGCGAAGCCGAGAUCGAGCUGAAGGAGGGCGACAUCGUCUUCGUGCACAAGAAACGUGAAGACGGCUGGUACAAAGGGACGCUUCAGCGCACCGGACGAACGGGCCUCUUCCCCGGCAGCUUCGUGGAGAGCUUCUAGAAGAGCAACAAGCUCCUGAGACCUGGAGGAUGUCCAGAAGAAUCUCCCCGGGUCUCCUGAUGAAGACGAGCAUCUUUACUGCCCUCACAGAUCCGUCAGGAAGGCCUUUCACGUGACUGAUGGUGCCUUCAUCUGCGUGUGAGUCUGCGGCGCCCUCUGCUGCGUGUGCAUGGCGUGACGUGUCCUCCUGACGCUCCCUCAGAUUCUGAGAGAAGCUCUGAGAGCUUGAGAAAUGAUUCCUACAGCUGCUCCUUCGAAGCGGUUCAGUGUUCCUUCGGUACUUUAAUCGGAAUGAUGACGACACAACGAGGAUGUGAUAUAUUAUAGCACAUGAUAAGAUGUGAAUGUAGGAGUGAUGAAUCUCACGAAACCUGGCAAGAGCGUCAUAUCUCACGCCAAAAUCAAGAGAAAAAAAUUAUUAAAAC